AUGAAUUCGUUCCUAGACGACAGAACGAGUCAUCCCUGGUUCCUGUCUCUGACUACUAUGCCGACCUACAGUGAUUUUUUCGCCUAUGGAAAGCAUGUUGAGUAUGGAAAGAAAUCUGGCAAGUCGCCGCAAGAAAUCCUUCAGGAUGGGUCCGAGUUUGGAGGAGAAGUCAUAGUGGAAGGGGGCGGAACGGUUACGCAGGGCAAUGAAAUCAAAGGAGACAUUGACGCAAGGGCUAUACGUCAAACCGGCUCUAGAUUCAUGUCAAAAGCUCGUGUGAAGGAUCAGAAUUCCACCUUUUAUCAGAGGAACCUCAUUGAGAAAUGGACUAUGUAG